GUCUUAUAUUAUAAUGAUAGCAAAAGAUAUGAUAAUAAAUAUAAUUCCAAGAAUAGCGAUGAAAUGCGUCGUCGCGAGAGACAAAGUCGAGAAUUAGAAAAUCAAAUUUUAGAAACUCUGUGA